GAUCUUUUGAUCCCACAAAUAGACUGUGAACCGUGCAUAAGUUUAGUCUAGUCUUGCGCAAUUCAUUACGAAUUUUGUUCUGUAGAAGACUGUGUUUUUGUUUAUUUAAAAAAUGUUUAAAACUGUUAAUAUGCGUUUAUUUCCACAGGGAAGAAGUAUUGUUCGUACCUUCAGUUCUCAGUCAUCAACGACGAUGAAAAAUAACAGUAAUACUACGACUGCAAUAAAUUCAAAUGUACCAGGUCUUAGCGAAAAUUGUGUCAAGGUUCCAAAUCAUCCCGUUGGUCCUGGUGCAUCGAAGGAUAAAGAAUAUAAAAAUCCAGAAUACUUUUGUUACACCAUAAAUUCGUUUGCGGAAGCUGAAGUUGAAAUGGCUAAGUAUCGACUCCCAGCACCGUCUAAUAAAGUUAAAUUCGUUAAAUAAAUUUAUGUACGUCUAUAUAAGUUUAAAUAUUUUAGAUGAUUUCACAAUAAUUUAAAUAUAUAUCGUAAAUUAUUAGUAUUUAAUUAAAAGCAUUAGAAAAGAUAA